AUGAAGAUACUCAAUAUACAAGACUCAUUCGAAGACAGUUCACAGUUUUGGUUGGGUCUUAGAGAGCCCAAUGAGAACCAAGAACUAUUUGAAUUAACUCAUGAUGAUCCCAGGUUCAAGAAAGUGGGAAAACAUUACGUAUUUGAUAAUGGCGAAAAAUAUACCUUAAGUAUGGGGAAAUACAUCAAAAUGAACAAUGUUUCGAGUGUUUCCAGAAUAGAUGAAGAUCUUAUAUUAGGUUAUAAGGAUGGUAGUCUUUCAGUUUAUAAUAUAACUUCAGGAGAAAAUACCAAGAUUCCUGAAUGUCAUUUCUUGGAUAUUGAAGAAAUCAAAGUUUUCCCAUCUAAAGAAGUUAUACUUACCAGAGGUUUAGAUAAUCAGAUAAAGUUAUGGUCAAUCAAACAAUGGAAGAAUAUCAGAAUAAUGAAAUCAUUGUUCUCAAGUAAUGUGGAAUUCGUUGGCAAAGGACGUAACUUCUUAGUAGGAAAUAAGAAUGGAGAGGUUGAGAUGUGGGAAUGCGGUAGUGAAUCAAUUGUAUAUAGAUUUUCCAAAGUGAAAAAUAAGCACGACCCCGUGACGGUCAUCAAGAUCAUAGAAGAUCAUGAAGAUGAAGGAGAUGAUAAAGAAAAUGAGUUUGAAACCAAAGGUAAGUCAGUGAUUGUUGGUUAUGAAAGUGGUGAAGUCCGUAAAUUCAAUUUAUUCACUAAACAACUGACAUUUUUAAUGAAUUUGGCUAGUCCCAUAACUGAUUUGGGAUUUACUACCGAAUUGAUUGUCGGGGCACAAGGUAAAUUACUUAUCGGAGAUAAGCAACUUGACUUGAAUGAUGAAAUUGUCAAAUUCAAAGUAUCAGAUCACAUCUACGUUUAUAAUGGAGAAGAGACUUUAUUGAAAAUUUCCAAAGAUUUGGCGGAGAUAACGUAUUUAGUGGGAUUACCGGAAUUUUUCAAAGUUGAAGAUAUGAUAAUAGAUAGCCAACUUAUUGUUGCCAGUGAUUACGGAAUUAUUAUGUAUGAGAAAUAA